CCCACAUCGCCGACAGCCCCAUUGCCGGAAUCGCAUGAUGUGUUCCGGAGCCGACGUUCCAUCAGUAUUGUGACAAAUGUGACAAGGACUCGGUGUUUAAAGUCUGAGCAUUGCGUUGACCCCCGACGCCCCUCCGGCUGCCAAACCCCUCCAUGCUCCUUCCCCCCUCUCACAAUGUAUUCCUACGAGAAAGUCAACCGUGACGACGACAGCGACCAGGGGCUUCUGGCUGAGGACUCGGAGAGAGUCGCACCUCAGCCCAGAGUCUCUAGGUUCCCUAGCUGGACGAACGCCUUGCUGCUCUUGGGGCUCUUGUUUUCGCUAUCGCUGAACGUGGGAUGGUUUGUGUUCCAGAAGGGCCACAAUGUUCCCAUCCAGGACUUGGAUCCUGAUGCGGCCAUGGCAAAACAGCGUUCUCCUUACACCGGUCUCGCAUGGGAUACUCACAAGCCUUACUCCCACCACUCCGAGUAUACUAGCGAGAACGCGACCCAUGCGGAUGAGAUGUGGGAGAGCCUGAGCAUGGACCCCAUGGUUAUUGCUCCUACUUGGGAAUGGGCUCAGAGCAAGGGACUGUCCGAUUCUUGGGCUUUCCCUUGGGAUUCGAACCGGAGGAUCUACUUCAUCAAGGUGUUCCAUCAACUCCACUGUCUGAAACUCAUGCGCCACUCGUACCAUGAGCUCUGGUCCGGACAAGAGAGCUCGAUCCCCGCUCCUCAUAUCGAACACUGCCUCGAUUCCCUGCGACAGGAUCUGAUGUGCAAGGCCGAUGAUACCCCCAUGCCAUCUCUUCAGCUGCUGAAUGGUGGUGGAGAAGGACAACAAAUGCAAUGCAAGGACUUCGAUAAGCUGGUAGCCUGGUCAAAGGCACCGGAACGCAAUGCUUGCUACAAGCGACUGACCGACUACAAGCCGAUCGUCCAUAGCAUUGAGCGCUAUGCCUUCUGUCCUGAGGAUAGUGAGCACUACCCGACGAUGAGCAAGUAUUUCGAGGAACACGGACAUUAUGCCGAUCCUUUUUCGGAAUAGACAAGGGCGAGGCUGAUUUGGAUCGGUUGGGGAGGGUGAAAAGCAGCCAAGAAAGGCCAGCCGAGGGGAGGAGGGGAAAAGGGCCUUUUAGCGCCGAAAUCCCUAGUCAGCACCUAAUUUAGUCUAUUUAGCUUCAAUGCAACUAAGAAAGUAGCACCGUUUAGUGGCCAGUAACUCUGCAAGCCCCCCUGCAAGCCCACUGGGGGCCAAACGGUACCACCUUCUUCUUCCUGUUAGCCCAUUUGCGUGGCCUGAGUGGACAAAGUACUUUAUCUGCUUAUCUGCUUACUGUCAAAGGAGCAUCAAGCCUGAUCAGCCUCGGUCUGAGCGCAAACCCUUCUCUCGUCCGAUCUUCCCCUCCAUUCCUUUCGUCCCGUCCCUUUUUUUUUAAUCACACAUCGGCUCCCUUUCAUCGCCUGUCUUCCUUUCCUUUCCAUUAACUUUUCACCAAUCCUUCUACCUUCUUAUUGGUGGUUAUUUAACCCGUCCAUAAGCAUGGAUGAGGAAGAUGGCCAUUGCAAAGAGACCGAGGUCACCGUCCAGUCGACGAGCCCCGUGGACUCGGCCGAUUAUGAUCCUUUCGACCCCCAAACCCGCUCCACCACGUAUAAGUGGAUCACCGUCGUCCUUGUCGCGGGAUUAUCAACCAUGGUUCAGCUGUCCACCAUCA